AUGUGGUUUUGGCAUCCUGAUUUUAUGCGUAUGGUUGAAGAUAGUUGGAAGGAACCUAUUGUGGUUUCACCGGCGUUUAUUUAUCCUCAAAAGUUAAAGCGACUUAAAAUUGCUAUGAAGUUGUGGAAUCAAGAGGUUUUUGGUAAUGUUAAUAUUAGAUUGAAGCAGGCUCAACUCAGACUUGAGAGUACCUUGAGGUUAACGGAUGAGUACCCUUCAGAUGUUGACAAAUUGAAUUUGAUGAGAAGUGCAGCUGCGGAAGUUAAUGAUAUUCGUAUGCAACAAGCUAUUAUGUUGAAGCAAAAGUCCAAAAAUAGUUGGAUGGUGGAAGGAGCUAGUAAUACUAGUUUCUUUCAUAAUUCUAUUCGUAUUCGAAUGAGUAGUAAUACUAUUUCGGAGUUCGUGGAUGGUAAUGGGGAGACGGUUAUGGAUGGUGAUCAGAUUAGGAACCUUAUUGUCAAUUAUUAUGAGGCUAAAUUUAAUGGGGAUGAUUCAAUUCCGUUGGAGGCUCUCUUUGAAAUUGAUCAUCCUAGCAUUUCUGUGGAUGAAUGUGCUAGUAUGGACCAUUUGCCUACUUUUGAGGAGAUUCAUGCGGCUGUUUUUGAUUUAGGAGUUGAUAGUGCGCCUGGUCCGGAUGGUUUUGCUGGUUUUUUCUAUAGGCAUUGUUGGGAGAUUAUUCGGGAAGACUUGAUUUUUACUAAGAUCCUUGCUGCUAGGCUUGGUGGUGUUAUGGAUAAGUUGAUUUCCGAGGAGCAGGUGGCUUUUAUGAAAGGUAGGAUUAUUCAUGAAAACAUCAGCCUAGCUUCGGAGAUGGUUAAUGAAACUCAGAUUAGGCGCAGUGAUGGUAAUGUAGGUUUAAAACUUGACAUCACUCAGGCGUUUGAUACUGUGAGUUGGUAUUUUAUUCUGGAGGUGUUUAGAAGAUAUGGAUUUUCAGAAAAUUGGUGUGAUUGGAUUUUACAAAUUCUGAAAUCUGCUAGAAUUUCAGUGCUGGUCAAUGGUAGUCCGGAGGGUUUUUUCAGUAUUGAUAGAGGCCUUCAUCAGGGAGAUCCUUUGUCUCCUCUAAUCUUUAUGUUGAUAGAAGAUGUCUUAAGCAGAAAUAUCACGAAACUCGUUCGUGAUGGUAAGAUGACUCAUAUGGUUAGUAGAGAAGGUAUUGCUCCUACUCAUUUAUUUUUUGCUGAUGAUAUAAUCAUUUUCUGUAAAGGCAAUAUGAAGAUCUUGAGAAAUUUGGUGGGUUUAUUGGGUUUGUAUCAACGUGCUUCAGGGCAAACAGUUAGUAGAGAAAAGAGUAAACUCUAUUUUGGUGGUGGCUCUUUGAAUAGGAGAACUACGAUUGCUGCAUUUUUAGGGAUGCCUAUUGCUUCUUUCCAUGAUAGGUAUCUAGGUGUGAAGGUGAUGUCGGGUGUUUUUAGAUAUCAUCAUGUUGUCAACGUAGUCGAGAAGAUCAAAGAUCAAUUGUCUGGAUGGAAAGGUAGAAUGUUUUCUUUUCAAGAUAGAGUAAUGUUGGUUAAAUCAGUGAUUGCUAGUUUUUCCAUCCAUAAUAUGGCUGUUUACAAGUGGCCAAGGAAGUUUGUUCAUGAAUGCGUGGUUGUUAUUCGGAAUUUUUUAUGGUCUGGUGAUUCUAAGGUGAGUAGAUCUUUUGUUAUAGCUUAUGACAAGAUUUGCGCUCCUUAUGAGGAAGGUGGAUUGGGUUUAACUCAAUUGGGCGUUAUGAACAAGGCUCUUUUAAUGAGUCUGUGGUGGAAAAUUCAUAGAUCUAAGAAGAUUUGGGCUCGUUUUUUACGUGCCAUAUUUUUUAAGAGGAAUGGUGAGUUGGUUCAUUACACUAAAUCUUCUAUUCUUCCGGGUAUCAAAUGGGUUUACUCCUUGGUGGAGGAUAACUCUAAGGUCUUAAUUGGGGAUGGGAGAAAUACUUCUCUUUAUUAUGAUGUGUGGGUUGGAAAUAUGGCUAUUGCGGAUACUCUUGAAGAUUAUACGCUAAGUCGUGCUGUUUCGGUGAGUGAUAUCUUUGUUAAUGGUGCUUGGAGCUUGAAUGAGGAGUCUCGCAACAACUUGCUUGUUCUUGGCAUUGAAGAGGCGGAUCUGCCUUUCCCUUUGAACGAUGAUGAUUGUCAGGUUUGGAUGCCAAGCGCUACUGGCCAGUUUACGGUGAAAGCUGCGAAAUCUCUUAUUUGUAAGAGAUAUGGGAAGUUGGAGGGUACUAACCUGCUUUGGCGUCAGUCCGUGCACCCGUCACUAGAAGCUAGAAAUUGGAAGAUUUUAAGAGGAGCGCGCGCUACGUUAGAUCAAGUCAGAAGCCGGUUCAAAAUUCAGGUUGUAAACAAGUGUUGUUUGUGUAAUAACGCGGAGGAAUCCCUGGAUCAUUUGCUUUGGAAUUGCAGGUUUGCUGUGAUGGCUUGGAGCUGGAUUUCAGAGAUAUUUGGAGUGCAAUCUCACAUGAAUUUGACCUCAGCCUACAAGGCAGUUCGUGGUAGAAGUUGUAUGAUUAAGGAGCUUUGGCUUCUUGCUGUCUUGGUGGUUCAAUCAGAACUUUUGCAAACAAGAAAUCCUUUCGUUUAUGAAAACAAGCAGGUUUCUCGUAGACAGGUGAAGCUUCACGAACCUGUUGAGUGUAGAUGGGUACCUACGGAGUUGGGUGAACUAAUGUUGUGUUGUGAUGGUGCGGCUCGUGGGAAUCCAGGAGUAGCUGGGGCUGGAGUUGUGGCGUGGGAUCAUGAAGCUAAUGUACAUGAUGCUAUGAGUGUGGGUUUGGGAGUAAUGACUAAUUACAUUGCGGAAAUUUCUGGUAUUAUUAUUGGUAUGGAAUGGGCGCUUCAAUGGGGAUACACGAAGGUUUGCAUUCGUUCUGAUUCGUUGAGUGCAGUUAUGGCUUUUACUUCUUAUAAUCUUCCUUGGUUUGUUCGACAACGUUGGAGGGAAGUUUCUUCUAAUUAUGAGGCUAUUAGUUUUGAUCACACCUUUAGAGAUGCUAAUUUUGCAGCUCAUAAGAUGGAAAAAAGAGGGUGUAUUCUCCCAAAUGAAUAG